GCCCCCGGACUGGGCGGUCCGGCCGGCUCCCACCCCAGGAGGAGGAGCCAGGCCGCCCCGAGCUGCCCCGAGCAGCCCCUACCCUGGUGCAGGCGCGGCUCCCCGCCAGUCGGGAAGCCACAGGAGGAGGAAUUUAAGGAAGAAUCCCGGCCGCUGCCAUUCUCAGCGCUCGACGCCGCCACAUGCUUGCCCUCCGAAGGACCCUGACUAGGGCUCUGGCUGCUCGGACACUGGCUCCUCAGGUGUGUUCAUCUUUUGCUACGGACCCCAGACAAUACGAUGGAACAAUCUAUGAACUUCGUAAUUAUCACCUUAAACCUUCAAAGAUGAAUGAGUUUCUUGAAAAUGCUAAGGAAAACAUACAUUUUUGGACAGCUCACUCUGAAUUGGUUGGAUUCUGGACUGUGGAAUUUAGCAGCUGGAUGAGUAAAGUGUUUCAUAUUUGGAAGUAUGAUAAUUUUGCCCAUCUAGCUGAAGUUCAGAAAGCCUUGGCCAAAGACAAGGAAUGGCAAGAACAAUUUCUCAUUCCAAACUUGGCUCUUGUUGAUAAAGAAGGGACUGAAAUUACUUACCUGGUGCCAUGGUGCAAAUUAGAAAAACCUCCAAAAGAAGGAGUCUAUGAGCUGGUUACUUUUCAGAGGAAACCAGGUGGGCCCGCUCUGUGGGGUGAUGCAUUUAAAAGGGCAAUUAAUGCCCAUGUGGAUCUACGCUACUCAAAACUAGUUGGAGUUUUCCACACAGAAUAUGGAGCUCAACAGAGCUCACAUGCUGUGGUGGAACGAGAGUGCAGACAGCCGAGCAGCUGGCAGACAGCAGACUCAUGAGGAUCCCAGAGUAGUGGCAGCAGAUGUUGGACACUGCCGAGACACCUGAACCGCCCAUUGACCAUAAUUGCCAUCCUCGUGCAAAGAGCUUC